GAAAAGCAGGAAAGAAAAAGAAAAACACAAAAGAAAGAGAAGGGAAAAAAAGCAAAGCGAUAAAGAAAAAAAAGGAGAGAGAGAGAGAGAGGUUCUCAAACCUCCAUGAUUUAAAUUCUCACAACAACAGGACUUGAAUUUCCUCUACUUAAUCCUAAAAUAGCGAGUCCCCUCAAACUUUCUACAAAGGCCCUGUUUGGGAGCUUCAAGAAAAGGAAAAGGAAAAGGAAAAAGGGCAAGAGUGAAUUCAUCAACAGAUAUUGAAAGUGAAACGAUUUUCUUCAGGAAGCAAUGAAUAGAGGUGUUUUGCAGAGCUCACCACCGUUGCAGCAAAUAAUGGCCGGGAACCCCAACUGGUGGAACAUCAAUAACAUGAGGCCUCCAACUCACCAGCAAACCUCUCCCUUUCUGCCCCCUCCUAGUCUUUUCCCUCAGUACACACACUCUUCUUCUUCUUCCUCCUCUUCUUCAUCAUCUUCACUUACUAUUCCUUCUUGGCAUGAUAACCCAGAUCAACUUCCAGAAUCGUGGAGCCAACUCCUCAUGGGUGGAUUGGUGGACGAAGAUAAUAAGGGAAACAUAAACCAUUUUCAAGCCAAAAAGUUGGAGAAUUGGGAGGAGCAAAUGUUACAUCAUCAAGCUUCAAGUGCCCCAGCUAUUGUGGAUGUGAAGCAAGAAAACUCUGCAAGCAGCUAUGUCUAUGGACAUGCAAAUGAAGAUUUCCAGGCAGCAAAACCUAGUUGGUCUCAGAUAAUUCCUCCUGCUUCUUCCCCCAAGUCCUGUGUUACAAGUUUCAGUAGUAACAUGUUAGAUUUUUCUACCAACAAAGGAGAUGGCAGGCAUCCACCACCAGAUCGAUCCUCUGAGUGCAACAGCACUGCAACUGGUGGGGCACUAAAGAAAGCUAGGGUUCAACCUUCUUCAACCCAAUCUACCUUUAAGGUGAGGAAAGAGAAAUUAGGUGACAGAAUCACUGCCCUUCACCAGCUAGUGUCUCCAUUUGGAAAGACUGACACAGCCUCUGUCUUGUUAGAAGCUAUAGGGUACAUCAGAUUCCUUCAGAGCCAAAUUGAGGCUCUCAGCUUACCGUACUUGGGCAAUGGAUCCUCAAAUAUGAGGCAGCAGCAGCAACAAUCUGUUCAAGGAGAAAGGAAUUGUAUAUUUCCUGAGGACCCAGGUCAGUUGUUGAAUGAUAACUGUGUAAAGAGGAAAGGAGCUUCUGAGCAGCAGGACUACAAUGAAGAACCCAAGAAGGACUUGAGGAGUAGAGGGUUGUGUCUGGUUCCUGUGUCGUGCACUUUGCAGGUGGGAAGCGAUAAUGGAGCGGACUAUUGGGCUCCAGCCCUCGGAGGGGGUUUCCGAUAGAAAGGAAUAUUACGGUGAAUGGUAGCACACAAAGAGCUUCAUCAAACGAUAUAACAUCAUGAGCAGUCACUCUGCUAAAUUCUAAGGCUGAUUGCUCAUGAUGCUAUACAAUGCAGCCAUAUGUGUGCUUUUGCUUGGACUUUGCGAGUCCAAAAUUAAUACUAUCCCUCUCUCUCUCUCUCCCUCUCCCCCUAAUUUAAGAUUAAACUUACCUAUGUUAUUGCUUAAUUUAGCAGCUGCUAGUAAUUAAUAUGUUUCUUUUCAUGUA